GCACUGGAUAUAAAUAAAUAUAUAGCAUCAACAACAAUAGUAGUAGUAAUAAUAAUAAUAAUCAUAACGGCACUUUCUUCAUCUCUACAGCCCCAGUCCUCCAUGCAUGCACUGAACUGGGCGGGACUUGCAUCCGAAUCAGUAGGCUUGGGAGGACGGGGAUAAUUUGCUCUUGGCUGGCUUCGGAGAGACUGACUCUCCUCCAGCCUAGGCCUCACCAGGCUCCGCUCCUCCUUUUGAUCUCCGGCCCUUCCCUUAGGAAGGCUUCUCCCCGCCCCUUGCACGAAGCCUCGCGGAGCAAGGCAGGCCCUGCAGGAGGAGCAGGCGGCGCCGGCGCCGGGGAGGAGCCAGCGACGCCGCCGGCCCGGGAGCAGCGCAGAGCGCGCGCGACAAGCCGAGAGACGGAGGGAGCUUCCCCGAGGCGCGCCUGUUCGCGAGUGAGUAGCGGCGGAGGUCGGGGCAUCAUAAAAUGGCGGGAAGGCGCCGGCGGGGGGACACCUCCAGGAGGGCUGCCCAGUGGACGGCUGCGCCGCGGUUGUUGCACCCUCGGGACGCCUGGCUUCCUCGUCGCGGCGGCGGAGGCGGCGAAGGGGAGGAGGGAGGGAGACCGGAACGCCCGGGCUUCUUACAAAGAAGCGGUGGGCGAUGCAGCCCGGACUCCUGGGUUCCUGUUCAGGAGAGGAGCAGCAGCAGGAUAUGUAAACUGGAAGGAUGCCUGGGUCCCUUUUCAGGAGAUGCGGCAGGGUCCCUUUUCAGGAGGGAAAGAUGAGUGAAAACAGGACACCUGGGUCCCUUUUCAGGAGAAGAGGCAGGCAGGACGCCUGGGUCCCUUUUUAGGAGAGGAGGCAGGGUCCCUUUUCAGGAGGGAAAGAUGAGUGAAAACAGGACACCUGGGUCCCUUUUCAGGAGAAGAGGCAGGCAGGACGCCUGGGUCCCUUUUUAGGAGAGGAGGCAGGGUCCCUUUUCAGGAGGGAAAGAUGAGUGAAAACAGGACACCUGGGUCCCUUUUCAGGAGAAGAGGCAGGCAGGACGCCUGGGUCCCUUUUUAGGAGAGGAGGCAGGGUCCCUUUUCAGGAGGGAAAGGAGAGUGAAAACAGGACACCUGGUGUGUGUGUGUGUGUGUGUGUGUUUAGAAAUUUGUCAGGAUGCCUGGCUUCUUAUUAAGGGAGUAAUCAGGAUGUGUCCGAAGAGCCAUACUGGAUCAUUCGACAUUGGGCAGCUACCACAUAAAUAUUACACAGUCCUCCUCAUGGGAACGGCGGUUAAAGAGUGAUCCUCUUGGCUAUUGCAGUACAGUACAUGCUAAUGGGUAACAUGGGCAUACUUUUCUGUGUUAGCGAUCUCAUGGUACAGAGUCUGGAUAUUGGACUUUGUUUUAUUUCGGGUUUUUUUUGUUUUUGCAGGCGCAUGUGAAUUAUGUCAUUAAGGCUGCAAUCCUAAUUACACUUACCGGGAAAUUAGUCCCACUGAGCAAAACAUGCUUGGGAUUAGAGUGCAAAAUACCUAAAGUUCUCUCUGUGUGUGUUGGCUUUGAAGGAUGGAUGAUUUCCAGAAUUACCUGUUUUUUGUUUUCAUGUGUGUGCUGCCAGGAUUCUUGGAUCCUUCUGUAGUUUCUGUAGGAAGAUGGCAUUCUUGGUAUUAUGUGUGACAGUUUGAAGCAUAGCCAGGACCUCUGUUUUUUGGUGGGGUUAUUCCCCUGAAAGGUGGAGGAAAGCAUGUGUUGAAGAAAGGUCCCUGUGCUGUUUUCGUUUUUUAAAUUCAAUAGGAUGAUUCUGCAAGCCCAUUGGGGUACCUGAGUAAGAACCUCUCUGUGUUGUGGCUCUAUGGCUUUCCCCUUCUGAAGGUAGUAGCGUUUGGAAAUGAAGGUGAAGAGGAUCCUUAUUUAGACUGAAGGCUGGGAAAGAAUUUUUAAUAGGGUUUCUUGUUUGGUCUUUUGCUGGUUCCGGCACAAUGUGUUUUCAUCCUUGCCAGCAAUCCACCCACAAUCCAGGGCUGAAAAUACUGUUCUACUGUAUAUAUCUUUCACUUUCUUUUCUGUAAUUGUGCAGUGCCCUUCUGCUGUUAGUGAAAUAAUCAACAUGUGCACCAACUUUAACCAAAUCAGGUCUUCCUGGAUUAUAACCUAUAGCAACCAUGUCACUUUUGGUUCUUGGAAUUUGGUUUAGCUAGCUCAGAUGCAUUGUUUCGUAUAAGCAGAAGUCCAAAUGAUAGUCUGUGCCAGUCAGUCUGUUUUGCACAUGGUCACAUAUUUCCACAGGGGGAACUGCUGUCAAAAAAGACCGCUUCCAGUCAAGAAACAGACCAAGAUAUUUUGAGGCCUGUGGCAGCCUGGUGUGUGAAUUAUAAUAAGCCAAAUAACUGAUAAUUUGAUCGCCUUGUUCUCACAGUGGCCAACCAGAUACCUAUGGGAACCCUGCAAGGACAUAAGCACAGCAACACUUUCUUUUUACUUGUGCUCACCAGCAACAACUGUUCAGAGGCAUCCUGCUUUCAACACUGGAAGCUUUUAUGCAGCCUUCAGGGCUAGCUGGUAUCCAUGGAUAGCCUUAUUCCCUGUGUUAAAAGCAGAUGCACUGCAUCUUGUUGUCGGUUGUGCUCAAACUUCCCAUGGUGACAGGAAUAGAAAGUAUUAGGUUAGUGGGUUCUGUUGCUGGACGCUCUUCAAGUAGCUCUGCCAUCAGAAUUUGGAGGGUAUGUCCUGAUGAAGGGUUAAGGGGUAUAUCAAAGAAAUGCUAGCAAGAAUGGAAAGCUGAUCUUUGGGAACCAGGUGAGUAGCAAAUGCUUUCAGAGGUAAAAACAAACUGUGUCGCAAUGCAGGAAUCUCAGCUAGAUCAUACAUGACAUUUUCCUGCAGUCCAGUUCAAGAUCCUGGUACUUUCCUUCUAAGCUGUAAAUGUUCUAGGUCAGGCAUGGGCAAACUCGGCCCUCCAGAUAUUUUGGGACUACAAUUCUCAUCAUUGCUGACCACUGGUCCUGUUAGCUAGGGAUGAUGGGAGUUGUAGUCCCAAAACAUCUGGAUGGCCGAGUUUGGGGAUGUCUACUUUAGUUAAUAGAUGUGGAUUGAAUUGGCUGGAGAUUGCUGUUUCAUCAAAUAGUUAUUCUAGGUCCUGCUUAACUAAGGGGGCUCCCUCUGUCUUUGUCUUCAUUAGCCAAAUUAUCAGCUUUGCAGCCCUGCUUGCUCUGUAGUAGGAUAUUCAUUGAUUCAUAGAAUUGCAGAGUUGGAAGGGACCCCGAGGGACAUCUAGUCCAAGCCCUUGAAAUGCAGGAAUCUCAACUAGAUCAUACAUGACAGGUGGCCAUCCAACCUCUGCUUAAAAACCUCCAAGGAAGGAGAGUCCACCACCUCCAGAGGGAGACAGUUCCACUGUCAGACAACUCUUACUGUUAGAAAGCUCUUCCUGAUGUUUAGUCAAAAUCUCCUUUCUUGUACUUGAAUCGAUUGGUUUGGGUCCCAACUUCCGGAGCAGGAAAAAAAACAAGCUUGCUCCAUCCUCCAUGUGACAGCCCUUAGAUAUUUGAAGGUGGUUAGCACAUGUCCUCUCAGUUUCCUCUUUUUCAGGCUAAACGUACCCAGCUCCUUCAACCGUUCCUCAUAAGGCCUGGUUUCCAGACCCUUGAUCAUCUUGGUUGCCUUCCUCUUCACAUGUUCCAGUUUGUCAGAAUCCUCCUUAAAUUGUGCUGCCCAGAACUGGACACAAUACUCCCAAGUGUGGUCUGACCAAGGCAGAAUAGAGCGACACUAUGACUUCCCUUGAUCGGGACACUAGACUUCUCUUGAUGCAGCCUAGAAUAGCAUUAGCUUAUUUUUGCUAAUCUAUCACACUGUUGACUCAUGUUAAGAGUGUGUCCAUAUAUGUUGUGAUGGACAGAUACCUGUCACCAAAUUAGUUCUACCUAUUUAUAUAUUUGGGGUAAUCAAAGUGGCAUCCUCCAGGUGGACUACAGCUUGCAUCAUCCCUGACCAUUGUCCAAGCUGACAGGGGCUGUUGGGAGUUAGAGUCCAAAGACAUCUUGAAGGCACCGUGUUGGCUUAGCCGCGGUAGACUGCAAUGGCUAGUAAAUCAGACCCCAUAGCAUUUGGGAGGGGCAAGGCACCGUCCACAGAACACUGCAGCUUCUCAUCCUCCGUUCAUUAGAGUCUUUGGAUGGUCUACAUCAGGGGUUGGCAAACUACGGUCCGCGGGCUGGAUACGGCCUGAGGGGGUCGUUAAACCGGCCCCUGGCCCUUGCCGUCCACUCGGUCAGCCCCCGCGCAGAGCUAAACUGGCGUGGUGCGCAGCCACGGCUUCCUAUUGGCUGCAGGAAGCUCCUGCAGCCAAUAGGAAGCCGCAGACACCGCCUCCUCCCCCGCCAUGGCUCCAAAAGCCAGUGGGCAUGUGCACAUGCGCACGAGUGUGCGCGCUCCCAUGAGUGUGCCCACGCGCUCCUGCGUGCAGGCGAUCCGGCCUGCCGCUGAAAAAGUUUGCCAACUCCUGGUCUCCAUAGUAGUAUCAUGAUGCAAAUGCCAGCAUAUGGCCUGAGUCUGGAAUUCUGAACAUUUCAAGCUUUCCCUGUUUUGGUGGGUAGAUGGGAAUGUGGCUUUUGUUUUUAAAGAACCCUUGUGGAACAGGGUAAAACCCACUUGCAGUGCAAGACUGUACACAUUUAGCAGGAAGUAAGUCCUGGGUAAGUAUAGGAUUGCACUGAAGUUAAUGAACAUAGAAUACAGUGGUACCUCGGGUUACAUAUGUUUCAAGUUACAUAUGCUUCAGGUUACAGACCAGGUUACUAAACCAGAAAUAGUACCUCGGGUUAAGAACUUUGCUUCAGGAUGAGAACAGAAAUCGUGCUCCGGCAGCGCGGUGGCAGCGGGAGGCCCCAUUAGCUAAAGUGGUGCUUCAGAUUAAGAACAGUUUCAGGUUAAGAACAGACCUCCGGAACGAAUUAAGUACUUAACCCAAGGUACCACAGUAAUAGAAUCUUCAGUUUGGAAGGGACCCAAGGGUCAUCUAGUUCAACCCCCUGCAAUGCAGGAAUCUCAGCUAAAGCAUCCUGCAGGGUUAGGGAGGUAUAUAAAUUCUAAUCAUCAUCGUCCGCCAUGUCUAAGCUAGGUUCAUUACUUUCAGUAAUGAGUAAAACUUAGCUGAAUACCACUAGAGUAAUAUCUGAACCCUGCCCACAUACUCAGUAGGACAGGGCAAUAUAUCGAUAUAACCUGUUCAAAGUCCAUAUUGUGAUGUCGGUUUCAUAGUUUUUGACAUAGCAACAUAUUGUGAAUUUUGUUUGUGUGGGUGUACACUAUGAAAAAAAUCACAAUGUGGGAAAAAGCAUGAAGCCAGCCAAUGCCUCUACAUAGCUCCAUCCUUAUUUCAGACAUUGUGAUAUAUCAGUAUAUCGCGAUGUUUAGCUGGUGAUGAUAUAAUGUUGAAAACCAGCCCUAACUGAUGUUCAGCCUGCGACAGAAGGGAGAAAACCGUGCAGGGAAAGUAGCUACCCUUCCAGCUUCUUUGUGAAAACACCAACGCAGCCCAUCAGUCUGAAACGGGAUGAGAUUGUAGUACAGCAGUUAUCACCAUAAAGGGGGUUAGGUAAACAAAUUGAGGGCAUGUGCUUAAAAAUAAUCAAUACUAGAGUACAGUGGAACCUCGACCUACAUCCGCCUCUUCUCACGGACGUUCCAAGUUGCGACCGCGGCAAACCCAGAAGUAAACACUGGGUUUGCCGCGAUUCAUACAUGCGCGGAAGCGGCUUCUGCCAUCUGCGCAUGUGCACAAGUCGCUGCCGCUUCUACACAUGCACAGAAGUGAACCGCCGCCGAAGAAUGCGCACACGCACAACGGCGCCUCUAGUGGCAUCCGGUUUUGCCCAGCAGACAGGCCUCCGGAACGGAUUAUGAUAGUAAGUGGAGGCUGUACUGUAGUUCUAAAUAGCCAAGAGGUGGGUCAUUGAAAAACUUGCAUUUAAAGACCGCUCAUUAAUUGGUAUCAUUUUGUUGCUGUAUUUUAAAUGCUUUCUGACUUCUUAUGCUGCCUAGGUUCCUUUGUAACUCUAAUUUUUCUGAACAUUUUCCUUUCCUUUCCUUUUUAAAAACAAAAAUGCUCAUGCCCAAUUCUUUACAUGUUUCAGACAGGGAGAUUCAGCAGAAAUGCCGCUGUAGUUCUCCUUGGAGCUGGGACACAUACUCCAUCUGUUACAUAUAUAAAAUAUCUUGGUGCCAGAGGCAGGGAUCUUAGUAUAAUGGGAUGCAAUUGUCAUUCUGCAAACAGCUUGAAAGACUGACAGCAUGGAGUUGUGCAAGGAAAAUUACAGCCUCCUUUUUAGUUAAUUUUUUUUAAAAGCCCUUUCAAAUUCCAAUUUUUGUAUUGUCUGUAAAAUCUUCAAGGUUUUAAAAAGCCAUGGUACCUCUGAGUGGGACGCGGGUGGCGCUGUGGGUUAAACCACAGAGCCUAGGGCUUGCCGAUCAGAAGGUCGGCGGUUCAAAUCCUCGCGACGGGGUAAGCUCCCGUUGCUCAGUCCCAGCUCCUGCCAACCUAGCAGUUCAAAAGCACAUCCAAGUGCAAGUAGAUAAAUAGGUACCGCUCCGGCGGAAAGGUAAACAGCGUUUCCCUGCGCUGUUCUGGUUCACCAGAAGCGGCUUCGUCAUGCUGGCCACGUGACCCGGAAGCUGUACGCCGGCUCCCUUGGCCAAUAAAGCGAGAUGAGCACCGCAACCCCAGAGUCGUCCGCGACUGGACCUAAUGGUCAGGGGUCCCUUUACCUUUACCUCUGAGUAGUUGUUCACAUGGGUAGAACAUCAGCCAGUUGCAAUAAUUUGGGAGCAGCACACACACACAGUGUUAGGACACAUGACUUUUUCUUAGGCUCAGCCUCUGGUGCCACCAGUUAAAAGGAUCUUAGGUAAAAGACCGUGAGCUGGAUGUUGCUGAACUGCAACUCUCAGAGGUUGAUGAUACACCCGGAAGGCCACAGGUUCCCUACCCCUGGGCUGGGUGGACCAGUGGUUUGACUCAGUAUAAUGCUGUGCUCUAUCUCUGUAACUAACAGAACUGAUCACUCUAAUUCUGUUUUCAUUCUUUUUUAUCCUGUCGAAAGCUUUUGCAGCGGCGUGUGAAUCAUUAGCUGACAUUUACACAAGCUGGGCCUUAUGUAAUGAAAACCACAUAGGUAUCACUUUAGGGGAUCGUUGCAGAGGCAUAACACCAUUGCUAAGCUUACCCAUGUAUCCUCCAACCUUUCCCUUUGAAAACAAAGCGAAGCACCAGCUCAGAUUUCUAGACGCGAGCUUAAAAUUAUUUAGUCGACAGCUGGUCAGGAUUGACCAGCCUUAUUUCCAUCUUCCAGGACUCAUCUUCCCUCCUUCCUUUUAGGGUUCGGUAUAGGUACGCUGGUUGCUUUGGGGAGCAGUAGGGCUUUUUCCCCCAUGGCAAUUUCCAUGCUUGCAGUUUUCUGCGUGCACCUCUACAGCGUCCUGUGUCCAGGGUGGGAUACUUGCUUGGCGGGCUUGUAAUGCCAGAUUCAGGCUGCUCAGAAUCUACAUGCUCUCUCUCUCCUCCCCCCCCCCCCCAAUUUCAGGCCAUCUGUGCAUUGCAAAUAGCUGGUCCUCCAUACGCCGUCGUGCACAAAAGCACACAGUUCGUCUGCCCCCUCCCAGCUGAUCUGCAUAGAUCUGUGGGGUCAUCGUUCUCUCGCAUCAGAUAAUCAAUCCGAUGAUCAGGAAGAGGACGAUUUGUACCCUUAGCACUGUGCUUGAUUUACAUUUCUCGCCCCUCACCCGCUGCCAUCAAAAUUGGUGGACCCCUUGGGAAGCAGGAGAAACAUUUGAUCCUGGGGAAGGAAGGCAGUGACCCGCCCCCCCAUCCCGGUUUUGUGGCUUUGUUUUCAGGGUUGCUGUUAGGGGUAGUUAAAAAAAAAAAAAGAAGUAGUAGAUAUUCAUCCUGUUCCUGGAUAAUCUUAUUUUGCCCACUGAGCAAAGUGAGCACAACUUUCUGAAAAUAGUAAAAUAAAAACAGUACUACUACUAAUAAUAAUAACAAGCCAUUUCUAUAGAACAGGCAUGUCCAACACACAAGAGACUGUGAUCUACUCCCAGUAUAAAAAUUCUGGAAGUGAUCUACCCAUGAAGGGGGUGGGAAGCCAAAGUUGUUUCACCUUUUUUUAGGGGGGACCAAGCCAAGGUUGUUGAGCUUUUUUUAGGGAGAGAGGGGAAAGAUGAAAGUUCUUGACCUUUUGGGGGGAACAGAGCCGCGGCCGGGGGGGCGGGGGCUUUCACUCGCAGACUUGCUUAUCACCAGCGCCGAUUGAGAGGGAGCCCGAGAACCUGUUCAUCGCGGUCGACAGGUUGGACAUCCCUGCUAUAGAACAUAUAACAUCUGGUCAUCAGCAUUUUAAAAAAUGAACCUAGUUGAAGAGCUGUGCAGGUUGGUGGGGCGACCGAAGGUGCUGCCAUGGUCAGAGCAGGAAAAAUGAUCUCUAGUUGCAAUUAAAAAAUAAAUAAAACAGGAUCCAGCAUCAGCAUCUAUGAAACCAAACCUGGACAUGGGUAGGGAAAGAUGUCAAAUAAUGUUUUAGGUGCCACAGCGUUGCUUUUUGAGGCACCUGAGAUCUUUCCAGCCACGCUUGGGACGCUCACUUUGCUUCUGAGUUUUGUGCGUGGCGUAAUAUUCCCCCAGUUUGCACCAGCUUCUCUGUUCCUGCUCUUCUGCCCUGGGAAUUGCCAUCCUGUUAUUUCUUGCAAGGAAACGUGGAGGACAAUGGCCGAGCCUCCUAUUGUUGCCCCCAGAAAGCUUAUGCGCUCGGGCGCAUGAAAUAAAUCAGGGUGCGUGUUUUGUGGUUCCAUCGAAAUACAGCCCUACAGUUUCCAGGCUAAAGUUGUUUGAUGGAGUCAGCUUGUUUAAAAAAAGAAAAGGUGAUGUUCUAACUGCUUGAGAUAGUCUGUCACUGUGUAUAACUUUGUUCCUUCCUUGAAGUGUUAAUGUUUUCUAACCAGAUUUCUAGAUUGUUAGCGGUCCUGGAAACCAAAUCAGUGAGGCAUCUGCUGUCUGCGCCUCCUUUUUGCCCGUGCAAACGGAUGGGAAGAGGCUUGCCUGAACUAAUUGCUUUGAUAAAUUAUUCAUUCUGGCACUACGCAGCAGGCUGGCGAUCAAAUGCUGUCUCUUUUGCCUGUGGAGGAGACAAGAAGAUGUAAAUCUUCCUUCCCCUGCAAAGAGCAGUGAUUUAGGCAUCUUUUAAGGCCUACGGGGUCAAUAAAGGGAAUGGAAAUUGGUCGCAAAAGCUGAGCUGGUUGAUGCCAAUUGACUUACUACUCUUCCUUUCUCAAAGCAAGAGACGGACAUCCAUUGGGUGUCACUGCGCUUCGGAGACUGGAGAAAAAUGCCCGCAACAUCUGACUGUGGUUAAUUUCCAAUGGGAUAGUUAUUUAUCUCCCCCUCUUGCCCGCAGUAAACUUUCACCUACAGUGAAUUCAUCAAAAACUUUCAGUUUUGUUUCCCACAGUUGAUGGUUUCGCCAUAAGCUGUGUUCUGAGAAAACGUCGUUUAGUCGUGUCCGACUCUUCGUGACCCCAUGGACCAGAGAACGCCAGUCUUCCACUGCCUCCCGCAGUUUGGUCAAACUCAUGCUGGUAGCUUCGAGAACACUGUCUAACCAUCUCGUCCUCUGUCGUCCCCUUCUCCUUGUGCCCUCCAUCUUUCCCAACAUCAGGGUCUUUUCCAGGGAGUCUUCUCUUCUCAUGAGGUGGCCAAAGUAUUGGAGCCUCAGAUUCAGGAUCUGUCCUUCCAGUGAGCACUCAGAGUUGAUUUCCCUAAGAAUGGAUAGGUCUGAUCUUCUUGCAGUCCAUGGGACUCUCAAGAGUCUCCUCCAGCACCAUAAUUCAAAAGCAUCAAUUCUUCGGCGAUCAGCCUUCUUUAUGGUCCAGCUCUCACUUCCAUACAUCACUACUAGGAAAACCAUGGCUUUAACUAUACGGAACUAUACGGACCUCAGAAAACAUGGCUUUGGAUAAAAAGCUUGCUUAAACCUUCAAGCUGUUUCCUCCCUCCACCCCCUUCUCAACGUGAGGUCUUAGUGGGAAAAAGAGGAAUAAUAGAUUCUUACAAGUACUGGUUGACUUUAAAGACAAGGUGCUUGGAUUACGGUGGGCGAAGAUGGAGAUCUCUCUGUGAAAUCCAUUAGCUCCACACCCUCAUGUUUGCUCCCCCUUUAGCUUUCUAAAAAACAGUUGCUCUCAGGUCUGAAGGUAUGGAUGCAGCUGGGAGCCCCUCUCUGUACAUACCAGGUGAUCUUAUAAUAUGCAACGUUGCAUGGUCCGGGUUCUCAGUCACACAGGGUUGGGAGUCCGUGUGUUGCUUAAGCCUCAGAGCUCUUGUAAGGAACUGAGGAACCAAGGCAUCUGCACUUGCCUGGUUAACAGACUGGAGAACUCAAUUCCCAAAUCUAGAGGAGAGUCUGGCUGUGACAAAUUAAUCAAGGAGUUGACAUCAGUCAGUUGUCUUCACUACACAGUUGUACCUUGGUUGAUGAACGCCUUACGACUCAAACGUUUUGGCUCCCAAAGACUGCAAAGCUGGAAGUGAUUGUUCCAGUUUGCGAGCGUUCUUUGGAACCCGGAUGUCCGACGUGGUUUCCACAGGUUCUGAUUGGCUGCAGGACCUUCCAGCAGCCAAUCAGAAGCCGCGCCUUGGUUUCCGAACGUUUUGGAAGUCGAAUGGACUUCCGGAACGGAUUCCGUUAGACUUCCAAGAUACGACUGUACUACUGAAAACCUUUUUCUUUAGGCAAGCCUACCAAGCCUAGAUAGGAUAUAAAAACAGCCAACCACUUAGAGGUUUUAUUUAUGGUGAAGUGGUAUACAGUGGUACCUUGGGUUAAGUACUUUAUUUGUUCCGGAGGUCCGUUCUUAACCUGAAACUGUUCUUAACCUGAAGCACCACUUUAGCUAAUGGGGGCUCCUGCUGCCACCGCGCCACCGCAACACGAUUUCUGUUCUCAUCCUGAAGCAAAGUUCUUAACCCGAGGUACUAUUUCUGGGUUAGCGGAGUCUGUAACCUGAAGCGUAUGUAACCUGAAGCGAAUGUAACCCAAGGUACCACUGUACGUGUUUUGUUAAAUAAAUAAAAUAAACAUUUUCUGAUGUUGACACAACUUCUGCGUGUUUUCAGUCCUAUGUAGGUACGACCAAUGGCAUGGUCUGAUUUGAAUAUGACACACAGAUUGUGGGCAAAGCUACUGCGCCGGAAUGCCAUUUUGCGAUGUUAGUCUUAGCUUGGGGUGGCUUAGCCCCGGCCUGAUCUGGACACCCCCCCUCCUUCCAAACAUUUAUUUUCUGGUCUUCCUUAGCAUCCCCAAUAUGGGUGGCAGCAGAAAAAGAAAGGGGUGGUGGUUAAAAGUAGAUACAGUGCUGUGAUGUGUAUGCAAAUCACCAGUCAUCAGAUCAAUCGUUUGAUGAGUAGAGAGGGGCCAAUUACCGUAUUUUUCGCUCCAUUGGACGCACCGGACCAUAGGACGCACCGGAUCAUAGGAGGGGGAGAACAGGGAAAAAGAUUUUUUUUCUUGUUCUCCCCCUCCAAAACAAGGUGCGUUCAAGGUACAUUCACCAGCGCUUGUGGGGCUGGCGGUGGGGGGAAGCGCUGCUUUCCCCCACCGCCAGCCUCAAAGAUCCUUGAAGCCUUUGGAGCGCAGCGCCCCGCUGCCCUGCACAGGUUUGCGCGCAGCCGUCCCCAAGCUAGAGCAGUGAAACGGAGCCCUCCGUCUCGCUGUUCUGGCUUGGGAACAACCUUGCUAGCUUCUGCAGGACAGCGGGGUGAAGGCACCCCGCUGCCCUGCAGAGGUUUGCGCGCAGCCGUCCCCAAGCUAGAGCAGUGAGACGGAGCCCUCCGUCUCGCUGUUCUGGCUUGGGAACAGCCUUGCUAGCUUCUGCAGGACAGCGGGGUGAAGGCACCCCGCUGCCCUGCAGAGGUUUGCGCGCAGCCGUCCCUAAGCUAGAGCAGCCAGACGGAGCCCUCCGUCUCGCUGUUCUGGCUGGGGAACCGCCGGGCUAGCUUCUGCAGGACAGCGGGGUGAAGGCACCCCGCUGCCCUGCAGAGGUUUGCGCGCAGCCCUCCCUAAGCUAGAGCAGCGAGACGGAGCCCUCCGUCUCGCUGUUCUGGCUUGGGAAGAGCCGUGCUAGCUUCUGCAGGACAGCGGGGUGAAGGCACCCUGCUGCCCUGCAGAGGUUUGCGCGCAGCCCUCCCCAAGCUAGAGCAGCGAGACGGAGCCCUCCGUCUCGCUGUUCUGGCUUGGGAACAGCCUUGCUAGCUUCUGCAGGACAGCAGGGUGAAGGCACCCCGCUGCCCUGCAGAGGUUUGCGCGCAGCCCUCCCCAAGCUAGAGCAGCGAGACGGAGCCCUCCGUCUCGCUGUUCUGGCUUGGGAACAGAAGCUAGCAAGGCUGUUCCCAAGCCAGAACAGCGAGACGGAGCGCUCCGCAGUGCUCCGUCUUCCUGUUCUGGCUUUGGGCUUAGCGGCGCAGCCUGCAUUCGCUCUAUAGGACGCACAUACAUUUCCCCUUAGUUUUUGGAGGGGGAAAUGUGCGUCCUAUAGAACGAAAAAUACGGUACUUUUCUCUUAACUGAUUCACACAGAUUCUCUAGAGGAGAGUGUAUUGUGUGUGUUUUGUAUGUGCUCCUCUGGCCGAAAAUGGUCAACUGCCCCUAUUUUAGCUGCUUCCAUUUUCUCUCUCUCUCUCUGCCCUCCCCCCCAAACCUAUCUGCCUAUGAAAGAAUGGUGAGCCAGUUAUUUCAAAGCUGGAAAGAAAUAUUGUUCCAACUAACGAGAUGGGUUUUUGCAGAGGGCGGCAGCAGUCCUGCUGUUUUCAGCCAAGCCAAGCCUUGCAUUGUUUUGUUUUGUUUUGUUUUUACCGUGGAGAGUUCACAUUUGCCUGUGGAAAUGUGGGUCGCCGUUUGGACCGGUUUGUAGUUAGCCGUUCCUGUGAGAUCACAGACCUUGCAAAGAAGCUGAGAGCAAUUGUACUGGAAGCCGCAUUCUUCCACAGCACUUGCAAGGAUCCCAGUUUGCCGUCCAUUGAAGCUGAAGAGCAAAUGCUUUUCCGGUUCUGAGCUCCCCAUAGUUACGAAAGGCUCCAAGGACAAAACCGUGGUAUUGUUGUGGUGUGUUUUUUUUAAUCUUUGCUGCAUGACUAGAGAGUAGGAAGAGAUCAGAUUGAAAAAAAUGUUUUUAAUGCCAAAUCGGUGGGAGUGGGGACUAUCAAUUUGCCCCAAAUACAAAGCCUGGGCUGUGUGUUAAGAUCAGCAAAGGAGGCCCUCAUGGUUGUUCCACCACCCUCAGAAACUGUGUGGGUAGGUGGCUUAGCAAGUGGGCAUUUUCUGUGGCAGCCCCUAAGUUGCGGAAGGCCCCUUCCCAUGGCAGUGUGUCUGGCUUCUUCACUGUACAGUGGUACCUCGGGUUAAGAACUUAAUUCGUUCUGGAGGUCCAUUCUUAACCUGAAACUGUUCUUAACCUGAAGCACCACUUUAGCUAAUGGGGCCUCCUGCCGCGCCUCCGGCACACGAUUUCCGUUCUCAUCCUGAGGUAAAGUUCUUAACCCAACGUACUAUUUCUGGGUUAGCGGAGUCUGUAACCUGAAGCGUAUGUAACCUGAAGCCGGGGUACCACUGUACAGCUUUUGGAGAAUGCUGAAGACUUUAUCCUGGCCUCUGACACCUGAGAUGUGUUUUCAGCACCUCACCCUGUUAUUGUGAACAUAAUUUAUGUUUUAACUUUUUAAUUCUCCUUUCUUAAUGGUUGUAAUCGGCCCUGGGACCUGCUGGCGAAGUCUGGGUGGUAAUAAAUAAUAAAAGUUUUUGAAGCUUAUUGGCUAAUGGUUAUGUGUUGUUUUGUGUCUAGUCCAUGGCUGUGGCUAUUGCUGUUUGAUUUUCAGUGUUGGCUCAUUUCCAGUUUCCUUACUUUGAUGAGCUCCUGUACAGGACACACAUGGGUUAAUGGCAAACCCUCCCCCAUCCUGGAACCUUUCAGAUGUUGCUGGACUUACAUAAUAAUAAUUUUAUUAUUUAUACCCUGGCCAUCUGGCUGGGUUGCCUCCCUUCAAUCCCUGACCAUUGUCCGUGCUGGCUGGGCAUGAUGGUUGUUGUAGUCCAAAACAUCUAGAUCAGGGUUUCCCAAACAUGGGUCUCCAAAUGGUUUUGGUCUACAAUUCCCAUCAUCCCUGACCCCCUGGUCCUGCUAGCUAGGGAUGAUGGGAGUUGUAGUCCAAAAACAGCUGGAGACCCAAGCUUGGGGCAGGUGGAUUUUGAGGUACAUCCAUGUCAUUGAUUCACAUGUCCAGAGCGAAGGAUUCCCUUGGCAUAUGUUUGUAUAGGGCAACCUUUGAAAACCGUCUCCUUUCUCCCAGAUAAAAUAUGCGGACCAUUUUUUAAAAGUGUGGAUCACCUUCAGAGACGAAGUGCUCAUUAUUUUAACUCAGGCGGCUGCGUAAUGAUUAUCUUUUUUCCCCCUGCGAGGCUCAGCGGCUCUCUACACCUGCAAAGGAUGCAAGAAGGUCAGUGGCGGGAAGGUAAUUUUAUUUUGCAGGUGAUUGUCCUUGAGUUUCUUUGUAGCUGGAAUCGGAGGCGCAGGCAAAGAGCCUGCCUUUUGAAGGGGUAGAAACACCGCUCGCUUGUUCUUGCUCUUCUCCAUCUUGAAAGUGCUCACAAUCUGCUCUGCUUUUUUCCUCUCUCCCACCCCCACCAGGGAGGAAUAAGCCGUGAAUUGCAUAAACUUUCAAAAGACUUCCAAUAAAUCCAGGCUCACGCAGCUCGCGCAUUGGAACAGAUGGAUAAUGGAGACUGGGGAUAUAUAGUAAGUAUGCCGGCUGGGCUGUGGGGGCAUGGCAAAUUCUCCCAGGGGUUCUGUGUGUGUCUGCUGCGCACAUGUGUUUAAAUCUGCCCUCCUGUGCUCCUUUACCAGACAGCUGGCCCCAUGCAAAUGCUCCAUUUCUUCCAGUCGUAAUACCCUGUAUGUGUUGCUGGCUACAGACCUACAGCCAAAGAUUUGGCCAGUAGAUUUCCUCUGUCAGCUGCAGGCAAGGGUGGAGAACCUUCUUCCAGCCUGAAGAUCACAUUCAUGGGAGGCUUUUAAGCAGUGUUAGGGACUCAGAUAAUAUAAGCUAGGCGCCAAAUGGCUCCUUAAAGCAAGAUUAAAGGUUAAGGACCCCUGACAGUUAAGUCCAGUCGUAGACGACUCUGGGGUUGCGGCACUCAUCUCGCUUUACAGGCUGAGGGAGCCGGCGUUUGUCCGCAGACAGUUUUUCCGGGUCAUGUGGCCAGCAUUCUGGCACAAUGGAACACCGAAACCAGAGCAGCGCACGGAAACGCCGUUUACCUUCUCACCAGUGCGGUACCUAUUUAUCUACUUGCACUUUUUGGCGUGCUUUCAAACUGCUAGGUUGGCAGGAGCUGGGACUGAGCAACGGGAGCUCACCCCGUCGCGGGGAUUCGAACCGCCGACCUUCUGAUCGGCAAGCCAAAGAGGCUUAGUGGGUUAGACCACAGUGCCACCCGCGUCCCACUAAAAAGCAAGAUUACAGCUGCCCAAAUGGAAUGCUUUGUUGCCAUUUUGGGUAAGACUGCUCUAAAGUCUUAUUUUUCAAAGGGUGAACUGACUGUGAUUGAUCAUCAAUUAAACAUCUGGCUGGUUCAGAUGACAACCUUGAGCUAGGAUAAGAGCUCUGAGAACUUAAAGAAGAAAAGUGGCUUGAUCCAGGGACAGGCCACAUAUAUAUAUUGGCCUAUUCUGACCUAUUUUUCUUAAUGGUGACUGCUCCUACUCAGGCUGCACAGAAAAAGCAUUUGGUUCCUGAAAUUCAUUCCAAUUGUGCAGAUAAAAUAUAACUGAUAGGAUCCUACAGGAUGUGUUAUUAGUGUGUGGAAACAGUAAAGAUCCAAUGAUCCCCAGGCUUACACCUCCAGAUGGUGGAGAUGUCAAGCACUGUCCUGAGGCCAAGGCACCUUUACUUGGUCGCAAAUGGUUUGUAGCCAGGUGCAAAAUGCACCUGGCUAAUUUCGAACACAGCUUUUAAGCAGAGGUUGGGUAGCCAUCUGUCAUGAAUGCUUUAGUUGAGAUUCCUGCAUUGCAGGAGGUAUGGUGAACCUGAUCUUUCUCAUCCGUCUGACAAAGCAGGUGACUCCAUGGGAAUUUAUGCUAUGCUGAAUUUAUGUCACAAGGAUCUUUGUUGUUGGUACUCUUCUAACAGCUUCCUACCCAUGGAGUGCCUGGCGUGCUCUGGUCCAUGGGGUCAUGAAGAGUAGGACACGACUAAACGACUAAAGAACAACAACACCCAUGUAGUAUUACUUAUUACAGUUACAGCCAUACCUUGGAAGUCGAAUGGAAUCCGUUCCAGAAGUCCACUCAACUUCCAAAACGUUCGGAACCCAAAGCACGGCUUCUCAUUGGCUGCAGCCAGUCAGAAGCUGUGGAAGCCCCGUCGGACGUUCGGCUUCCAAAAAUAGUUUGCAAACUGGAACUGUCACUUCCGGGUUUGCGGCGUUUGGGAGCCAAAACUUUCGAGAACUAAGCUGUUUGAAAACCAAGGUAACAACUGUAUUUAUAUUUUGCCUUUCAGGGUACAAAGCCUCCCAAGGCUGCUUAUAAGUAACAUUUACAUUUUAAAACAAUACAUAAUGUUAUAUUAAGUCAUCAGGGUCUUUCACACAGGUAGGUAGAAAGAUCCUGGUUUGGGCAGGGGGGUGGGCAGGAUACUGCAAACCCCAGGUGUCCUUUGCCUACAUCCUAGAGACUAUAUUCAUAUCUGAGAAAGUUUCCACCUCUUCCUCUUUUCCUUUGAAAGAAUGGGCAGCAUCUGUCAAUAGCUCCUAAUGCACAAGAACAGCUGAAAUCCCACUUAAUAAGGCCUGCACAGGUGAAUCUCCUAAUGCCAGGCAUCCUUUUCUAAAAACCAUCCCGCAGGCAACGGAAGAAUUAGAUGAGCAUCUCACCUUGACUCAAAAGCACUCUAUGUCCUGCUAGUUCGCUCAUGAAUCUGCCACCUGGCCCAGAAGUGAAUCUGCCUUGUUUUUUUUCCAGUGCAGUGGUCAAGAAGUCAUUGAUGUUUGCAGCCAGAAAGUUUUAUCUCCAGCUUUAGUAUAAUAUUUUAAAGGAGCCUUAUUUUGCUAUUUCUAUUGACUCAUCCUGGGGGGCUUCUCUGGGCAAAUCACGCAUUUCUCCUAAUUGGCUCUUCAUUUCAGCAGUUCAUUUGUUAUGUCGCUCUUUUAUUUCGACCUAAAAGAGAUCCUUACUCAAGUCUGGUGCCGCUGGUCCUCUCGGCAUUGGUUUCUUUUUUGUUCGGCUGAGCUAUUUCUGCCUAGUAUAUGUUGAAUGUGCAUAGAGUAAGGAGAGGCAUUGUGCUUGAAUUCAGACUCUGUAGCCUGCUGGGCUACACUGUAAAGGCUAAGCAGGUUCCCUCCCUUCCAGACACAUUUUCACAAAAAAAAUCUCCAAAAGAGUUGUGCAGCAUUGUGGACAAAGGCACAUGGGGUGCAUAAGUGAGCUCAUUCUUGGGUGAAAUUGGCUUCAUGGAGCCAAUUAGUGCAGCCUCCAGGGGGGUACCAUAAUUGUAUAAAGCCCAGUGGGGUUAAUAGUAGACCAGUUGAAAUGAAUGAGUCUAAGCUAGCCAUGACCGUGGAUUUCAAUGGCUCUGCUCUGGGCAGAGCUAACAUUGGGUGCAAACCAAUGUGGCGUGUGUGCCAGGAGUGCUACAGGGAACAGUGGUUUGCGACUGACCCUGGGGUACCUUUCUCGCACCUCUUACUUUUUUCAGCUUUGUAAGUUAAGGAUAAAGAGGCAGUCACGCCUCCCUUCACCUGGUUGCCCACCUUCCUUUCCACUUUGGACAAGAGGUGGGGACACUUGUGCGCAGGGGUGACAGCACAGUAGAAUAACUGCAUGAACGGCAGGGUCUGCACUGUGAUCUCAAAAGGAAAUGGCAGGCCAGGAGAGAACGGGACGCAGAGCCAGGGCGAUGCGGGAUGAGUCAGAUGCUGCGCCACUGAUAGGUGGCUGCGUUUGGUCACCCGUUGGCAAUUGUUCCUCGGCCCAAGAGAGCAGCUAAUUAUAUGGCUAGAUGAAUGCUUCCCAGAGGAUGGUACAGUUGUGUUCCAGAUGGAAUUGAAAGGCAGAUUAUAAAUACUGUUCUGCCUUAUCGGGGAGGAAUCCAGUUGAUGGCUUUGGGCUCAGACGAGGGGCUUUUGAUUCAGGCAGUGCCUCUACUAAGAGGACAGGCAAUUUUUUUGGGGGGGGGGUUGUCCUCUCUCCCCUGCUCCCUCUUUGUGCCACCUAAAAAUUGAGCUAGGGACCCUCCAGAACAGGGUGGCAGGUGGCAAGAGGGAGAGCUGCAGGCAUAGCUGUCAACCGUCCCUUAUUUGGCGGGAAACUCCCUUAUCCCAGCCCCAUGUCCCGCUGCUGUCCCUUAUUGAUGAUGUCCCUUACAUUUCCUGGGUUUCAAGGAAGCAGCUCCUCUCCCUCCCUCCCUGCUGGCCAGAGAGGAGGGAGGCUCCAACUGUGUUGCUUGGCUGCGUUGCUCACCCAAUAAGGAGUCUAAGAACGACUGGGCUUGCAUGCCAUGUGCCGAUCAAAUCGGCCGCAUUGCCUGGGGACUCGCUUUUGCUCAGCGAUUCCCAGUGGAGAGGUGAUGGUGGUUUUCCUUGCUGCAUCCCCUUUGCCGGGUUGCUGCGCUGUGGGAACAACCGCUUGAGGCUUCGUUUGGCUGCUGGCUGGGCUUUCUGCCUUUGGCUCGGACGGGCUCAGAAGUUGAACAUACCUGUGCUUGGAAAAUCGCUUAUUUUGGCUGCUGGUCCCUUAUUUUCAAAUCUGUAAGUUGACAGCUAUGGCUGCAGGUGGAAGGGCAAAUCAGGAAAACUCCCCUCCAUUUCUGUUCUUCUGGAUCACAACCCCUUCCGUGAGCGCAAGUUGGGCUCUACCCUAAUUAACUUUGGAUAAUAAUGCCCCAUGCUAAGUCAUACAGGGGGAAAGUGCAGUUCUUAUUGCUUGCUUGCUUGUUUGUUUGUACAAGCAGUGGUUUUUUAAAUGGUUGUUUAAGGUACUUACGGGGUAUUCAUAUGUUGGCUUGUGAGAGCUCUGAAACUUCUCCUCUCCCCUUCCGCAGAUGACUGAGCCAGUCACUCUGAAUGUGGGUGGACAUUUGUAUACGACGUCGCUCACCACGCUCACGAGGUACCCCGAUUCCAUGCUGGGAGCCAUGUUCCGGGGAGGCUUCCCCACCGCCAGGGACUCCCAGGGCAACUAUUUCAUUGACCGGGACGGGCCGCUUUUCCGGUACGUCCUCAACUUUUUACGGACGUCAGAGCUGACUCUGCCUCUGGACUUCAAGGAAUUUGACCUGCUUCGUAAAGAAGCGGACUUCUACCAGAUCGAACCUUUGAUACAGUGUCUUAACGAGCCCAAACCUCUGUAUCCCGUGGAUACCUUUGAGGAAGUGGUGGAGCUUUCCAGCACUCGCAAACUCUCGAAAUAUUCCAACCCGGUAGCGGUGAUCAUAACGCAGCUGACCAUCACGACCAAGGUCCACUCGUUGCUGGAAGGGAUCUCCAACUAUUUCACAAAGUGGAACAAGCAUAUGAUGGACACGAGGGACUGCCAAGUUUCUUUCACGUUUGGGCCCUGCGAUUACCACCAAGAAGUCUCCCUUCGGGUCCACCUGAUGGAGUACAUCACAAAGCAAGGCUUCACCAUCCGAAACACCAGGGUCCACCACAUGAGCGAACGAGCCAAUGAAAAUACGGUGGAACACAACUGGACUUUCUGUAGACUGGCACAGAAAACGGACGACUGAUUUCACCCCUUCUUUCCCCGUUUGUUUACCGUCCAGAAGCUAUGUAGCAGCUUCUCAGGACAAGGUAUUAAGAGACUGGAGACUGGCUUCCAAUUAAACAACAUUGGAGAAAAUCUCUGCAUCUCUCCCUUUCUCCAUAUAUACAUAGAUUAUAUAUAUAUAUAUAUUGGUUUUAAAUAUUUAUUAUGGAUUCCUAAGGACCGGAGAAUGGGCAUGCUCCGGCCUCUAAUCUUCCGUCAUGUCGUGACACAUGUUUGCAUGUGCCUGCUCCUUCCAUCAAAGAAACUUUUAUUUUUUUAUUUUCUCAAAGGAUGAAGCAAGAGGGCAUCUUUGGAAGGACUGUGAAAUAAUUACAUUUAGGACACGUUUUCCAUGGUGUUCACACCGUACAAUGUAAAGUGCUAAAAAUUGUCUCCUGGUUUUUAACCUGUGUUUAACCCGUCCAGUGCUAUUACAAACCACUCCAGAGGCUCCAGUCCAGUGUGAAUUAUCUCAUGCGUAAGCUACACCAAAACGAAUAAGAAACAGUACAAGAGAAGUUUGUGUAGGAGAUGUUCUCUCUGGGCUGUACCCAGAUUUGUUAAAGUGCAGCUGGGGAGAGGAAAAGCUACCAUCAUGUAAUCUAACCUAGUUUUCAUAAAUCGGUAAGCAAGCAGUAUUAAAAUAAUUGAGGUACCAUCAGGCUUCUUCUGCCCCUGGUUUUAUUGUCAGCAGUACAGCAUUUUACAGUUAUGAGAACUCUUUCUUUCUAUGCAUUAUAAAACAAGCAACCAAAUAUUACCCAUGGCGAUAAAAAUACAGUUAGAAAUAUUUUCAUUGGAUUUGGAAUGAAAUAAUAAUAAUACCUGUGGCAGAAUUUUUAAAAAAAUGCCUGGUGCAGUAUAAUUACCAGGUGUAAUGCUUGCCAGCAAGAAGCUAAUAAAAAAAAUGGAAAUUACAGAUUUGGGGUUUUUUUUUUUGCUCUCUCGAAAUUAUUCCAAGAUACAUAGGAGUAAAUGAAAAUGAAGAAAGAAAGAAAACUUUUUAGAAUCACUGGUUGGAAUUUUCUAAGCAAAAUAAUGACAGCGCUGCAGUGAACUUUGUCAGGAUUUAGGGAUCUAUAUUACACAGGGCAGCUGGGCUGGGCAAGAGGAAUAUAAUUGUGAAGAAUUGCAUCUUCCCGUAGAAUAAAGAAGGCCAGCUGGCACGCUGCAGGCCAGAUCUAGCCCUUGAAACAAUUUGAUCUGGUCCUCUGAGGCCCUACCAAAUGCUUUUUGAAUGGGGUUAAAAAACAAAUCUUGCUUUACAAUUUUGCUUGUAAGGGGAAGGAGUAGUGAGUCUGCACAUAUGUUUCCUAUGCAUUUUAUUGUAUUGCUGUUGCAUUUGCAUUGUGGAGAUGCACAAAUGCCACUGCUGAUCUCCCGUCAUUCGGGGAUCUUUCACGAAGCCUUCCCACCCCUCCCAGGCUUAUGACCUCAUACCAUCUGAGCGCUUGUGUUCUGCGUCUGCUUAGCGCUAAUAGAUGCCAGAACACCCUUUGCAUUCUCCAGCCUCCAGAUGAGCACUCGGGACAACAGAGGGUUCUCUUAAGAACACAGGAGCCGACCUUCUCUGCCAUUAAAACAAACAAAAAGCUUGUUUCUCGUGGAUGCAGAUAAACAGUUUUUUUAAAGCAUUUAGAAAUGUACAAUUGCAGCAGUCUCUCUCGCUUUGUGUUUGUGCAUGGGGCUUGUAGUAACACAGAUAUGACCCUUAUACGAUGAAAUACACGAGGUCAAGAAACGUGAGAGAAACAGUAUUAUAAAUAUUACAGCAUAAGAUGCCUUUAAGGUCAUGUUUUAGAGCUCGCACAGAAAGCAGUUCUGGAACAUGGCAUUCAGGUGUGUGUGUUUGUGUGCGUGUGCGUACCUAUUCAUUCAAUAAUUGUUGCAACCUUGCUUGCGAACGGCCUGAAGGGUUUUUAAUUAAAAAGUCAUUAAGUCUUG